AUGAUGGCGGGCGCCGGGGAAGAUGCACGAGCCCUCUUCAGGGCUGGCGUCCGCGCGGCGUUGGAGGCUUGGCCUGCUUUACAGAUCGCUGUAGAGAAUGGAUUCGGGGGCGUGCACAGCCAAGAGAAGGCGGAGUGGCUGGGGGGUGCAGUGGAGGAUUACUUCAUCCGCAAUGCUGACUUGGAGCUGGAUGAGGUGGAAGACUUCCUUGGGGAGCUGAUGACAAAUGAGUUUGAUACAGUUGUGGAGGAUGGGAGUCUGCCCCAGGGUCCUAUCCUUUCCUACUCAGCUGACUUGGAGCUGGAUGAGGUGGAAGACUUCCUUGGGGAGCUGAUGACAAAUGAGUUUGAUACAGUUGUGGAGGAUGGGAGUCUGCCCCAGACAGAUGGGGUCUCCCCCCAGCCUGAACCCUCUGAUCCAAACUCCCAGAAUAUUAAGGAAGAGGAUAUAGUGGAAGAUGGCUGGACCAUUGUCCGGAGAAAGAAAUGAGUGGGGCUGGAAUUGGUUUGGGCCCUUGUUUGCUAGGUAUUCGAAACUUAUUUGUAGGGCUUUUAUGGAGGGCUAUAGACCUCUGGAUUGGUUAUACUAUUCCCACCCUCUUUCUUGUUCCUCUGUGCARUUCCCUACAGGGGAAGAAAAGCCCUAAGGUUCUUGGUUUUGGGGGGUCUAAGGCACUUGGUCCAUCAUACCCCCUUGGGCUUUAAGUUAUCUGAGUGAUGAGGCCAGUUUUCCCAGCAUAGUUCCUCUUGGGUGCAGUCAGUGAAGAGGAGGGAUGAGUGAAUGUGGGCAUGGAUGGAGGAGGAGCUAGACUCUGGUGGAUACUAGACAGGAGGAUUAUGGAGAGGAUGAGCCUGGGGACCAGUACUCAGUGCCAAGGGUUGGCUGGGUCAGGAAUGGUGAGAUGAACAUGCAGAUGAAAGAAAAGUUGAAGAUGUAAGCAAAAGUAGCUGUGGUGCCUCUCCCUUACCCCACCCCACCCCACCACACCCAACACAUAGCAACUCUUAUUCCUGCUCAGAGCUUAAAACCUCCCAGGAAUGCUCCCUUCCUCCAGCCCAGCCUCUCACCCCAGGUUCCCUUAGGAAUUCUAAGAUCUUGGCAAGGUGGUGAGCUUGGAAGAAGAGUUGGGCUAUUUUCUGUCUCCUCCAACCUCUUUCCUCAUUCUUUAUCCCAUCCCAUUUAAGUUCAGGGAUGAGGCUUAUGACCCUAAUAAAUAAUACCCUCUUGUUUAAUCUGUGGCUUGACCUGUGAGUAGCCUUGGAAUCAGCCUUUUGGGAGUUGAACUUGAGAGUUCGGCAAGGGAGUGGUUUCUGGGCCCACCCUAGUAGCCUGGUACUUUGUAUAAACAAACUAUAUGGAUGAAUGGAACACAGCAGUGCUCUGAAAGUUACUGUAAGCCU